CGCGCCGCCGGCCCACGCCCCGCCAUGGAGGACCUGGAUGCUCUACUUUCUGACCUGGAGACCACUACCUCACACAUGCCACGCUCAGGUGCUCCAAAAGAGCGGCCCCCAGAACCGCUUACACCUCCUCUGUCCUAUGACCACCAGACUCAGACAGGGGCUGGGGAAUCUUCAGGAGCAUCAGGGGACAAGGACCAUCUGUACAGUACGGUGUGCAAGCCUCGGUCCCCGAAGCCUGUGGCCUCUGCGGCCCCUCCAUUCUCCUCUUCCAGUGGUGUCUUGGGCUCUGGGCUCUGUGAGCUGGACCGAUUGCUCCAGGAACUUAAUGCCACCCAAUUCAACAUAACAGAUGAGAUAAUGUCUCAGUUCCCAUCUAGCAAGGUGUCUGCUGAGGACCAGAAGGAGGACCCAUCAGAGGACAAGAAAAGACACAGCAUACCUCCCAGUCCAUCCCCUGUCCCAGCAAAGCCUUCAGCCACUUCGGCCACUCAGGAGCUGGACAGACUGAUGGCCUCGCUCUCUGACUUCCGUGUCCAGAACCACCUCCCACCCUCUGGGACAACACAGCCUCCUGCGCCCAGCUCAGCGAAUGAGGGCUCCCCAUCUCCUCCAGGGCCAACCAAUAAGGGCAGCCUAGACACCAUGCUAGGGAUGCUGCAGUCGGACCUCAGCCGCAGGGGAGUUCCCACUCAGGCCAAGGGCCUCUGUGGCUCCUGCAAUAAACCCAUUGCCGGGCAGGUGGUCACCGCGCUGGGCCGCGCUUGGCACCCCGAGCACUUCGUCUGCGGCGGCUGUUCCACGGCCCUCGGAGGCAGCAGCUUCUUUGAGAAGGACGGAGCCCCUUUUUGCCCCGAGUGCUACUUUGAGCGUUUCUCACCAAGAUGUGGCCUCUGCAACCAACCCAUCCAACACAAAAUGGUCACCGCCUUGGGCACCCACUGGCACCCGGAGCAUUUCUGCUGCGUCAGUUGCAGGGAACCCUUCGGGGAAGAGGGUUUCCACGAGCGUGAGGGCCGCCCCUACUGUCGCCGGGACUUCCUGCAGCUGUUCGCCCCGCGCUGCCAGGGCUGCCAGGGCCCCAUUCUGGACAACUACAUCUCUGCGCUCAGCGCUCUCUGGCACCCGGACUGCUUCGUCUGCAGGGAGUGCUUCGCGCCCUUCUCGGGAGGCAGCUUCUUCGAGCACGAGGGGCGGCCGCUGUGCGAGAACCAUUUCCACGCGCGGCGCGGGUCGUUGUGCGCCACGUGCGGCCUCCCGGUGACGGGGCGCUGCGUGUCGGCCCUGGGGCGCCGCUUCCAUCCGGACCACUUCACCUGCACCUUCUGCCUGCGCCCGCUCACCAAGGGCUCCUUCCAGGAGCGCGCCGGCAAACCCUACUGCCAGCCCUGCUUCCUCAAGCUCUUCGGCUGA